AUGUCUUCGCCCUACACCAUCCCGUACAAGGCCACCGCCUCGACCUUUGUGCCGGGCGCCGCCGCCCACCCCCCAGCGCCCCAAGAUCAUGCCGCAGCGAAUAUGCGGACGGUCCGGCAGCCGGCGGUCGCCGGACAGCCUCUUGCUGCUGACACUAGUCACAGCAAUGCCCCGGUGGCCGUGGGUGGCGCCCCUCGGGAUGCCAUCCCGGCGAAGUUCUCGUCGGCGGUUGAGGCCGCUGCUGGCGGUGGCAUUGCCAUCGCCGCCCCGGGUGGCCUCCGGGGUGUUAGUGGCCCAGCUUCGGCUGGUGCUGCUAACAGCAGCGGCCAGAGUGGCCAUUGUGGUGAAGCUGUGCCCACCACCAGCACUACCACCACCACCACUCCCUUGGGCACUGACGGCUGUGAAGAAAUGGAGCAGCAGCUCCAGACUACUCAGGCUGAGAUUGCUCGGCUGAAGGCUGAGAAUGCUCAGCUCAAGGCAGACAGUGCAAGAACCAAGGCCGAGAAUGAGAAGUUGAGGGAGGCUAUUGGCACCGCUGGUCUUGCCUUUGACGAGAACGAGGGGCUCCGGGCUGUGAUUCUGCGACUUGAGAAGGUGGCAUCGCACAAAGUCAUUCAGAACGAGAACUUGUUCCAGCAGAUGGCAGACAUCCAAGGCCAGGCUCUGGCUCUGAACCAAGAUCGAGACAGGCUUCGGACUAAGAACCGCCUUCUUCGAGCUGAGCUUCGCCAGGCCAUCAGGACACUUCUUAGUCUCCAUAGCGAGAACAUGGAGCUGAAGGACAAGGAACAGGACGCCACUAUGGGUAUCCAGAUCCUCACCGACAUGCUUGCUGCCUUAUAUAACAAGAUCGUUGAUGACGCCCCGGAUAUCAUGCCUACUCUUUCAGAGCGUGUGCAGAAGACUCUGGACCAUGUAUACGAGAAUUGGAAGGAAGAGCAGUUCUUGCAGGUCUUUCACCCUGAGCAAGCGAUGCAAACGACCUCGCCCUAUGAUCUGGUCCCUCGGCACACCCCGGUUCCUUCUCGUGGCGGUAUCGAGUUCAUCCCUCUUGAAGGCAACGAGGAAGAUGAAGAUACCCUGAACGCCAGAUCUGGUACUUCGACAGUCGUGCCUCCUGCACCGCAGCCGCAACAACCAGUGCAGCAUCAGCCCCCUCCCCAUAUUCCCAAUCACAACAUUGCCAAUCCGCACGCCACUGGCUUUAUACCCGGUCAGACCAACAUCUUCAGGCUGAUCAUCGACUCCCCUGGUCAACAGUUGUAUGAGAACAACAUGCCCCAUGUCGACAGUCCUCACACGCCUACCACCGGUGGCCCUGCCCCUCCUAAUGGCGGUACUGUCAGCCUCUCUGACAACCUUUACGAUCCUGAUACUCCCACCCUUCAUGGCGCUUCUAACGCCGUUGACGGUCGCGAGGAUCCCCGCAAUGGCAUUACCAUGACCAACGACGAACCCGAAGGUCACGAGGAUCUUCAGACUCCCCAGACUCCACAAACUCCCACUCCUAUUCGGCACCAUGGAGCGAAUGUUCUUGGAACACCGGAUGCUUGA